ACACACACAAAAAAAUAGUGAAUAUAUAUUUAUACUUAUUAUUGUUAAUUAAAAAUAAAAAUAAAAAAUCAUAUAAAUAUAAUAACAAUUAAACAAAUAAUGGAUGUAGAUAAUCAAAGUGAAGAUGGUGAAAUAAAAAAAAGUCCAAAAGAUAUGGAUGAAUUCAGUUUUUCUGAGGAAGAAGGUGGUGAUACUGCUGAUUCAUUGGACAUAAAACCACCACAAGCGGCAACGCGUGUUUAUAAAUCAAGUUCAUCAUCAUCACGUAGACGUGAUAAACAUAAUGAUAGACGUGAUAGAAGAUCAGAUGACAAUAAAGAACGUAAAUCAUCACGUUAUUAUGAUAGAGAAGAAAGACACAGAGAUAAACAUAAACAUCGUAGUAGACAUAGUGGUGGUAUUGAUGGUUUAGAUAGAUCAGAAAGAUCAGAUCGUUCUGAUUUAUCAAAAAGAGAUCAACGUGAUAGAAUGGAAAGAAUUGAUAGAGUUGAUACACAUUCACGUGAUAGAGAUUCAUCAUCAAGACAUGAUAGAAAAGAUAGAACAACUGGUGAUCGUGUACUUGAAGAUCUACGUACUAGAUUAUUGGACAAACGACGAGAACGUCGAGAUGAUCCUCGUGAUAUUCGAGGAAUAAAAACAGAAUCAAGACGUGAUAUGAUGAUUGAUGAUGGUGGUCGUGAACAACGUGAAAUUCGUGAAUUACGUGAAUCAAGAGAAAUGUUAAUAAUGAGAGAAAAUAAUAGACGAGAUAUGAGAAUUGAAGAUGUACGUGAUCGUCGUAGUGGUGGUAUUGUUUCUGGUGAUAUAAGAAUUGUUAAUGAUGAUGUACGUGAACGUCGUGAUGUACGUAUUGAUGAACGUAGACAUGGACAACAAAUUAAUGAUGAACAGCAACAACAACAGCAGCAUUACAUGGAAACUGAUAUUAUGAUGGACCAAUCAAUUGACAAACAACGACAAGAAAAACGCCAUAAAAAAAAUCAUAAACAUGAUAAAAUACGUGAUAGAGAAAAAAGUGAACGUGAACAUGAAAGAGAACAUGACAGAGAACAUCGUGAAAAACAAUUACGUGAAGUUAUGGAAAUAAUACCAUCUGAUGAAAUUGAAUCAAUGGAUAUUAUGGGAGUACAAAUGACACAUCAUCUAAAAGAUCCAAAAGAAAUGACUGAACAAGAAUUACGUAGAGAUAGAUUACUUGAAGCUGAUCGAGAAAAAGCCAGGAGGAGAGAAGUAUCAAGAUUAGAAUUAGAAGCACGUAGAUUAAAACGAGGUGAAAAACGUUCACAUAGUCCGGAAGCUGAUGUUGAUUCUUCAGUUGUAGAAUUAUCAGAUGGAAGUAUAAGAUCGAGGCAGUCUGAUGAUGAUGAUGGUCGAUUAAUAUCACCAAAGUCAAAUGGAAGACACUCAUCAGAUAAUCAUAAUAGUGAUCAAGAAAGAUCCUCAGACAAUCAUACCUCAGACUCGUCAAGUUCACAAAGUGAUGAUGACGAUGACGACGAUGAUGAAGACGAAGAUGACAACAACAAUGAUGAUGAUGAUGAAAAUUUAGAUAAUAAUUCAAAUGAUUCAGAUAAAACAUCAGUCGAUGGAUCAAAUGUUGAUUCUGAUUAUAACAAUCCAAGCCCAAUAUCAGUUGAUCGUUUAGCAAAAUCAGAUCAUUCUGAUGGUGAUUCACCAGGUCAUAUUGAGUCAAAUGGUGUGUCACAAAAUACAACGUUAGUCGAUGAUUUAUCAGUAGAUGAAAAUAAUCAUGAUGAUAAUAAAAAACAACAAAAAAAAGAUGACAACAAUGAUGACACUGAGAAAAAAUCAUUGAAAGAAAAUGACAAUGGAAUUGAUUUACCACCAUAUUUACCAGCAAUACAAGGUUGUCGUAGUGUUGAAGAAUUUCAGUGUUUAAAUAGAAUUGAAGAAGGUACAUAUGGUGUAGUGUAUAGGGCGAGAUGUAAAAGAACAAAUGAAAUAGUUGCAUUGAAAAGAUUAAAAAUGGAAAAAGAAAAAGAAGGUUUUCCCAUAACAAGUUUACGUGAAAUAAAUACAUUGCUAAAAGCACAACAUGAAAAUAUUGUGACUGUACGUGAGAUUGUUGUUGGUAGUAAUAUGGAUAGAAUAUUUAUUGUUAUGGAUUACGUUGAGCAUGAUUUAAAAUCAUUGAUGGAAACAAUGAAACAAAAGAAACAAGUAUUUAUACCUGGUGAAGUUAAAUGUUUAAUGCAACAAUUAUUAAAAGCUGUACUUCAUUUACAUGACAAUUGGAUAUUACAUCGUGAUUUAAAAACAUCAAAUUUAUUAUUAAGUCAUCGUGGUAUAUUAAAAGUUGGUGAUUUUGGUUUGGCACGUGAAUAUGGUUCACCAUUACGUCAGUAUACACCAGUUGUUGUAACACUUUGGUACAGAGCACCAGAAUUAUUAUUGAAUUACAAAGAAUACAGUACACCAAUUGACAUGUGGUCUGUUGGUUGUAUAUUUGCUGAAUUAUUACGUAUGGAUGCAUUAUUUCCAGGUAGAACAGAAAUGGAUCAACUACAAAGAAUAUUUAAAGAAUUAGGUACACCAAAUGAUAAAACUUUGCCAGGUUAUAGUCAAUUACCAAUUGUUCAAACACUUAAAAUUCCAGUUUAUCAUAAAAAAGAUUUAAAACAACGUUUUUCCACUGUAUCUAAAAAUGGUACUGAUUUAUUGACUGAAUUAUUAAAAUAUGAUCCAGAAAAACGAUCAACUGCCAGUUUAGCAUUGAAACAUGAUUAUUUUAAAGAAACUCCAUUACCAAUUAAUCCUAAUAUGUUUCCAACGUGGCCAGCUAAGUCAGAACUUGGUGCUAAGACAGCUAAUGCAUCACCAAAACCACCAAGUGGUGGACGUGAAUUUAAACAACUUGGUGAUGGUGAUGAACCAGUAGAAUUAAAUUCAUCUGGAGGAUUUCAUAUGGGAGCGACUGAAGGUGGAAGACCACCUCCAAUUGGUGGUGGUUUUCAUUUGAAAUUUUAAUUUUAAUUUAGUUGCAUAAUAUGUUUUACAUAUAAUUUUACUUGAAUAUAAUGUUUAUUCAAUUUCUCGUUUUUUUUUUUUGCACAAUAAAUUAUGUUAAAUAAUAUUUGAAAUUCAAUUAUUAUUAUCAAAGCUUGUAAAUAUUCAUACUUAUACAGUAUAGUAAAUAAAAACCCAAAACAAUUUUAAAAAA